ACGUGACCAAUUUGACUGAAAGUCCGAACACGGCUUUCUUGUGUCAAUCGCCGCCGCUGGCUAUCGCCGUCGCGCAUCCUCCGCCACAUGGCCGCGCUUCAGACGGCAUUCCAUCUCCAUACCUACUUCAACGCUCGGGAUACUAACUCGAUUCCGAUAUUUACCUCCAAAACGAGUCUAAGAUUCUGCAAUUCAACCUUAGUUCAAAACCUACCCCGAAAUCCAAAUUCAGCCUACGCAGUUAGACCACGCGUGCCUGUUUGGCACGCAGUGAAGCACGAUCGAGAAAAUUGUUUGGAGGAAAGGAAUAAAAAUGCACCACACAUAAUCGUGAGAUGGUUUGAGCUAGUUCGAGAUGUCUUCCCCGGCGGUUGUUGGUGGAACUUGACAGAUUUCGAGCAAAAUGUUGAUGGUUUGCCAAUUGCAGCGGAGUCAAUUACGGUUUCGCAAGCUCUGAGAGAAAUGUGGGCUCUGGUAGCUGAUGAAAAAUGGAUUUUGUACACAGCAUUUGGCGCGUUAAUUAUCGCGGCGGUCUCAGAGAUAUCAUUGCCAGGAAUACUAGCAGCAUCAGUCUUUUCAGCUCAAAAUGGUGAGAUGUUGGUGUUCUAUCAAAACUCAUGGCUUCUGAUUUUAUUAUGCUUCACAUCAGGAAUAUGCAGUGGCUUGCGAAGUGGGUGUUUUGCUGUUGCAAACGUGAUUUUGGUUAAGCGCCUUAGGCAAGCUGUAUUCAAAUCUCUUCUUCUUCAGGAUGUAUCAUUUUUUGAUACAGAAGCAGUUGGUGACCUGACUAGCAGGAUUAGUACAGAUUGCCAGCGGUUAUCUCAAACUGUUGGUAAUGAUAUACACAUGAUCCUUCGCAAUACUUUCCAGGGGAUAGGUGCAUUUAUCGCCUUGAUGACUUUAUCAUGGCCUCUAGCACUCUCAUCGCUAGUCAUAUGUUGUAUUCUGUCUCUGAUUUUCCUUUUCUAUGGACAAUACCAGAAGAAAGCAGCACUGCUUGCCCAAAAUUUUGUGGCUUCUUCCAAUGAAAUCGCACAAGAGACAUUUUCUUUGAUGAGAACUAUCCGAGCAUAUGGGACAGAAAAAGAAGAAUUUCAGAGGUUCGCCCAAUGGAUCCAAAGAUUAGCUUGUGUGGGCAUGCGAGAAAAUGUUGCAUAUGGAUUGUGGACCCUUAGUUUCACUACUCUUUAUCGAUCAAUGCAGGUGCUAGCAGUUCUUUUAGGGGGGAUGUCUAUUAUCAGUGGCCAUGUCUCUACUGAGCAACUGACCAAGUAUGUUUUGUAUUGUGAGUGGUUGAUUUAUGCUGCCUGGAGAUUGCAAGACAGCAUGUCAUCCUUACUUCAGUCUGUUGGAGCCUGUGAAAAGGUUUUUCAGUUGAUGCAUCUUCCACCGAGUACCGAAUUCUUGUCCAAAGGAGUGAAAUUGCAGAGGCUGACAGGAUGUGUUGACUUUGUGAAUGUAUCAUUUCAUUACUCUUCGAGGAGGAAGGUACCUAUUUUGGAAAAUGUGAACUUCUCUAUAGAAGCUAAUGAAAUGGUUGCAAUAGUCGGUGUCAGUGGAAGCGGGAAAAGCAGUUUGAUCAAUCUCUUGCUGCGCCUCUACGAGCCUGUUAAUGGUGAGAUACUUGUCAAUGGCAUUCCUCUGAGGGAGAUGGACAUGAGGUGGUUGAGAGAGAACAUCGGAUACGUCGGACAGGAGCCCCAUCUUCUCCACAUGGAUAUCAAGUCCAACAUUAGCUACGGCUGCUCAAGAAGCAUCAUCGCAGAAGAAGAGAUAGAAUCUGCUGCGAAGAACGCCAAUGCCCACGAAUUCAUCUCUGCCCUUCCUCACGGUUAUCACACCGUUAUCAACGAUAAUAUUCUCAGCGGAGGACAAAAGCAACGCAUAGCUAUAGCAAGGGCUCUCCUCAGAGACCCCAUUUUCUUGAUUUUUGAUGAAGCAACCAGUGCUCUCGAUGCAGACAGUGAAGGCUACAUCAAGGAGAUUCUUCAAGCUUUGAAAAACGAUGCAGAGAGACGAAAGACAAUCAUCAUUGUUGCACAAAGGUUGUCGACAAUAAAAGCGGCGGACAGAAUCGUGGUCCUGAACGAUGGGCAAGUAGUUGAGACGGGUACUUACUUAGAGCUCCUUAACAAAAAUGAAGAGUUCACCCGUUUAUUCAAAUUGCAGACAGAUGUCGCCCCUUUUAACUAGCCUCAGGCAACAAGAUUUUUUGUACGCCUUAAUUGAUUGCAUAUAUAUAUAUAUAUAUAUAUAUAUAUAUAUAUAUAGGGUUGGGUUCUUGUAGUAUUCAAGCUUAAUGUAGUCCCAUAGGACCAAAUCUUGACCACACAUUUGUGACACGUGGCGCAUCAAGACUGUGACACGUGGCAAGGAGCUUCCAAGGCAAAAUCUGCAAAGAGGUAAAAUCGGAAUAUAUUUUUCGGAAUAAAAAAUAAUUUUUUUUUUAGAUUUUCUCAAAACAAA